GGGAAUACAAGCAAGGAUGUGCGCACGGGAACGAGGGAGUGGAUGUCCUGGAACAAAUCUCUCGGAUUGUAGCGAAGAUCCAAAAUCUCGGCACGUAGGCGUCUGGAGUGGUUCUUUGGGAGUGAAACCCAUAGGAACCAGUUCGUAUGAUGUUCUCAAUGAAUAUUUUAGACGUACACGCUCCAGGUUCCCAUAUAUCUAUCAACUGCUCCGUAGGAUCGUGCUUGAAUUCUGAAGGUAGCAAAAUUGGUUAUCCGGAAAAAGUUUGCCUCAUUCUUGAUGAACCAUCGGGUGUUAUGAAACAGCGACAAGCAACGGCCUUAAAGUUGGA